GCCGGGGGCUGCGGGCUCCGGCUCCCAGCAGCGGCCCUGGGGCAGCUCGGCGUGUCCCAGCAGGUGCUGCCACGGCAGAGGAUGGAACUGGAGUGAAGCUGCUCCUGUGCUGAGCCCCGAGCCCAGCCUCUCCUCCUGCUGAGAGUUUCCUAGAGAGCAGAGGGAGCGGAGGAUGCGGACGGGGCGAUGAGCGGUCCCAGGGAGGAUGGCCGCUGUCGCAGGGCCAUCAGCAUCCUCACCGAGCUGUGCCAGAAGAAAAGCCUGCCCAGCUUGGACCUGGACACCUGCAGGGAGUUUCUCCUGCUGCCUUCUGACCAGAGCCUGAUUAUCUCCGAGCCAGAGCUCUCCGUCAGCCUCCUUGCAGUGAUAGUCAUUGUGUGUGGCCUGGCCCUGGUGGCAGUGUUUGUGUUUCUCUUUUGGAAGCUGUGCUGGGUUCCCUGGAGGAACAAGGCCCUUUCCUCCCACCUGGCCGUGCUGAGGAGCGAGGCAGGCCACAAGGACAGCAUGGCAGACAAGCUCAAGGACACGGGGGCCAUCAGCUUCCUGGAGGCAGCCGUGAAGAUCAGCCACACCUCCCCGGACAUCCCUGCGGAGGUCCAGAUGUCCAUGAAGGAUCACAUCAUGAGGCGCACGCGGAUCCAGAGGCAAACCACAGAGCCAGCCUCUUCCACUAGGCACAUCUCCUUCAAGAGGCACCUGCCCCGGCAGAUGCACGUGUCCAGCAUGGACUACGGGCUGGAGGUGCCGGCCGUGGCCGAGCAGCCCACCAGCAUCGGCCGCAUCAAGCCCGAGCUCUACAAACAAAAGACCGUGGACACCGAGGACCCCAAGAAAGAGGCCGAGAAAACCUGUGGGAAAAUCAACUUCACUCUCAAGUACGACUACGAGAACGAGACGCUGACUGUCCGAAUUCUCAGGGCUUUUGACUUGCCAGCCAAAGACUUCUGUGGCAGCUCGGAUCCCUACGUGAAGAUCUACCUCCUGCCCGACCGCAAGCGCAAGUUCCAGACGCGCGUGCACAGGAAGACUCUGAACCCCACCUUCGACGAGUCCUUCCACUUCCCCGUGCCCCACGAGGAGCUGGCGAGCAGGAAGCUCCACCUGAGCGUCUUUGACUUUGACAGGUUCUCCAGGCACGACAUGAUUGGGGAAGUUAUCUUGGAGAACCUGUUGGAGGACUCGGACCUCUCGCGGGAGACUUCCAUCUGGAGGGACAUUCAGUACGCCACGACGGAAAGCGUGGACCUGGGCGAGAUCAUGUUUUCCCUUUGUUAUUUGCCAACUGCAGGUCGCCUCACCUUAACAGUCAUUAAAUGCAGGAAUCUCAAAGCUAUGGACAUCACUGGUUACUCAGAUCCAUAUGUCAAAGUGUCUUUGCUCUGUGACGGGCGAAGACUGAAAAAGAAGAAAACCACCAUAAAGAAAAACACACUUAAUCCCACCUACAAUGAAGCAAUAAUCUUUGACAUUCCCCCCGAGAACAUGGAUCAAGUCAGCCUCCUUAUCUCUGUCAUGGAUUAUGAUCGGGUGGGCCACAACGAGAUCAUCGGGGUUUGCCGUGUGGGGGUCAACGCCGAGGGGCUGGGCAGAGACCACUGGAACGAGAUGCUGGCCUACCCCCGCAAGCCCAUCGCCCACUGGCACCCGCUGGUGGAGGUGAAGAAAUCCUUCAAAGAGUGGCACGGCCGGGCAGCGAGCUUCGACAGCCAGGGCUCCUGCCCCUCCCCCAAACCACCCCCCACACCAUGAUCUGGAGCAGGGACAGCAAAAUGGGACUAAACCAAGUAAUUUUUGCACUUGGCCUUCAGUCUCAGUGGUUGCUGAGGGGCGGUGGCAGCAGCGGGACUUUCCGGGCUAGUUGUUCCUGCGUAAGUCAAGGUAGAAACCCGUUUUGUGGUCAAAUAUGUUUUUGUCUAAUAUGUCUCCCAAGGUGAUGUUAUUUUUGUGGCUUUUGCUGUACGGGUCUGUUUCCAGAGGGAGAAGGUGGACUGAGACAUGUGCUGGGAGUUUGGUCUGUAAAAUAAUGUGUAAAAUAGUUUUUAGUGUGUGAAGGCUGGCAAGGGGCCAGGAGGUGUCUGCAGAGGGCAGAGGGGGCCAGGACAGGGGACAGGGCACGGUGGCCACUGGAAAGACGUGGCAGAAAAUGGGAGAGACUCUUCCAAGCCACCAGCAGCUCCAUCCUCGUGGUCAGCCCCAGCCCUGCAGAGUGUCCCUGGGUUUCCUGUUCAUGUAGAGGUGUCCAUGAGCUCUUAGAAGUUUGUGCAGUGUGUAGCCCAUAAUUCCUUUUGUCAUAUAUAACAAAAAUGCUGUUGAUUCCUCAGGAGGGGAACCCUGGGGUUUUUUCCCCUGUAUCUGAAAUCUCCCCAGAGCUAUUUGCAUGAACAGUUUCUUCAGCCCCCUUUGUAGCUGCUGCUCAUCCCCCAGGACAUCCCCACGCUAUCUGGAGUGGAGGGAAUGGCGUGGCCACAGGUUGGAUUCAGGAAAAAAAGGGGGAAGAUGUUACAGAAAUGGGUGACAGCCCUGCAUGAUCACUGGGUCUCUGUUCCUUAUCUCAUCCAAGUAAUGAAGGGCGACCCAAGGGGCAAAGGGAAAUACAGAA